CGCUUCCUUCCAGCAGCAGAAGAGCAGACGGGUAAAGUUGUGUGACGACGCGUAUGAAGUUUCAAGAUACCGAGUUUGGGUUAUUUUCUCGUUAUCAGCCGCUGGUUUCUCUUUCAGAUGCAGUAUAUUCGGUGACAGUUUCUGGUGUAUUAAAAGCGACAGAUUAAAACAAUGGAGAAUGGGCAAAGCCGCCUCCAUCAGGCCCAGCAGGAUGUGGAGGAUAUCAAAGGCAUCAUGCUUAAUAACAUAGAAAAGGCUGACGAGCGUGCAGGAAAACUCGGGGAGCUGGAGGACCGAGCUGAUAAACUCCUUGAAAAGAGUGAACAAUUCUCAAAGACCUCGACUAAGGUGAAACAGAAGAAGCGCUGGGAGAAUAUUAAGUACAAAGUGAUCAUAGUAUCAGUUGUAGCUGCAGUGUUCCUCAUCAUUAUUGUAGUUUUGGCUGUGAGCUUAAGCAGACAGGACAGUAAAAACACACUUGAAGACACGCCGGCAACACCAGGAGAUGGCUAGAAGAUAAGCAGUCAGAUAAGAAGAUGAGUGAACAUAAGUUGUGUUUGAAAUUCUUCAAAUCACCACCUUGAAAAUGUAAAGAAGAGGAAAGUUUUAUAGAUCGAUAAAUGUACAAACUAAAUCUGUGAUGCUACUUUUUUUUUCAAGAGGAUGCUUAAAAAUAAUGUGGUUGAUACAAAUGAUACCAUGGUGUCACUAUAAUUUAUGCUUUGAUUUUUCAAUGGUAAUACACAUCAGUAUGUGACAUUAAUUGUAACAGUUUACAUGUAUUCUUUUUGGACUGAACUUUAGCCAUAAUUUAGAUAAAUCAGUGCCAACCACGGGUUAAAGUGUAGCAGGAAAAAUAUGUUAGAUGGCGUAGACAUUUUCAGGGAGUAGAGCAUUAAUCUUGUUCUUGAAAAAAAAAGCCUUUCUUCAUUCCUUUUUUCAUCAGUGAAAAGUGUGUGUGAUGAUCUCAAAAUCAAAAAAAAUGUCUGUG